AUGUUUUACAGCCAUGAGAUCUUGACGAGCCAGAAGCAUGGCGUUGCGACCGUCUGGGUUCUUGCCACGUUGGACAAGAGCUGCGUCAACCGCAAGGUGUCUCGAAAGGCAAUACAGGAAGUAAAUGUCCCAAAGGCGUGCGUGACCAUCGAUGAGCCUCCAGGAGCACCUAUCGCCUUGAGACUCCAGGCAAGCCUACUCUAUGGCGUGUCUAGAGUUUACCAGCAGCAAUGCCAAUACGUGCUGGGAGAUGCCGAAAAGUUCCGGAUCAGUAUGCGAGGUCUGUUACGCGUAUUGGACUCUGGGGCCUUGGAUCCCAAUGCCGGUAGAGCAAAGAGAAAGCAUCUGGUUCUUCAAGACGAUCCUGAGUUUCACAUCAGCAACUUCCUCAACCUUCCUCCGCUUGACCUUGAUGAGCUGGGCAACUUGAAGCCAGCUGCUUUCGAAUCCCAGUUCACUAACAGGUAUUCUCAACUCUCACCAUUUUCUUCGCAGCAACGAUCUUCAUCUGGAAGCAACUCACUGCCCAUGGAUUUUGGUGCGGCUUCCUUCUUUGGAGGCCAAAUUGGCCCAGAUCCGUUUGGGGGAGACAGUUCUGCCCAGAAACCACACGGUGGGGCGGACAUGUUUGCUCAGGAUGAGCUGCCUCUGCGCCUGGAAGAUUUUGACGCCGGCUUUACUAUUGACGCCGACGGAAACAUCCACGAACAUCCAGAGCCGGAUCUGGAGCUACCUCAGGCCGAUUUCACUAUCGCCGCCCAGCAUAUGAUAGAUCACCCAGGCCCACAUCACCAUUCGGAUGAUUUUGUUGCUCUCAUGCUUCAAGACGAUGCCCUUCUUCAUCAUGGCGAUGCGCCAUUACCGGAUGCAGAUGCCCUUCCGGUCCGACAGCACGAGCAGGACCCUUAUAAUGGGCAGCCAGAAAUCGAUGCUGCUGCUACUGCUGCUUCAAGGAAACAGGGACGCCGGCGGAAGGCGCUUGCCCCAGAUACAGUCACCGAAAUUAGCAGAACCGAAUUGCGAGAAUGGACCGAUAACUAUGUGCAGAGGAUGGAGGAAGAGAACGAGCGUCACAGAAAGCGCCGGGAUCAAGUAACAAAGGACCAAGCAGCCCAGAACGCAUACGGCAUCAUGUUUGGUCGCGGCAUUGGUGGAGUUGGCCAGGACAUGGGCCUUCCAAGCUUUCAACAUGAGCUAGCUGAGCACUUUGCCGGUCAUGGUCUUCAGAUGGCAGUAUUCGGCCGCAUCGUCGAAGAAGACCCGCAUAGUCGGCGCAGAUCAGCCUCGCAAGCUUUCGGCGACAACCAAGAUGCCGAAUCCGAAGAAGGCCGGCGUGUCCGUCUCCGAACUGACGGUGGAGAGGAGGCCCGUCAAAGACUCUCUCCGGACCGGCAGGUCGAAGACGAUGCCCACGAACUCAACGUUGGCGACUUCGAUCCUCUACCUGAGGUCGGUCGUGAGAUAGGCGAGCCGCUAUCAGACCAGCAUCCGCCCUGGCACCGUCACUCCAUACUACACGGAUCAUCAAUGAAGGGCAGCAGCGCGAAACCUGCCGUAGGCCAAGGCCCUCGCCAAGUCCAAGAAAGCCCGCUCCAACAUCGAGGCAGCGCUGUCCAAGACUUUGUGCGUUUUAGCGACAACGAUGGCCUAGGAUUCGAUGACAGCGCUGGUAUGGGCUCUGUCGAUGACCGCGCGCCCGCUCCAGCCGGCUUUCAUUUCAAGGAUGCCGUGAACCAGAGCAGUUCUUACAUCAGCACUGAGGGCUGUGACUUUCUGUCCUAUGUCCAAGCACAUGCGCGUGAGACAUGGACCCCACGUAGCAAGGGAAACGAACUUUGGGUUGACUUCGCCGAUAUAUUUCCCACAAGCUCUACUGCACGAUUUAACGCGGCGUCUGCCUUCUACCAGCUCCUUUGCCUGUCAACCAACCGCACUAUCAAGGUCGACCAAGAGGGCAGAAGCCGUGACGAUAUAUUUCCUUUUGGCAAAAUUGAAGUCGGUGUGUGUAUCGACGCCCUACACUCUGAAGAAGAAGGCGAGGAGAUUGCAUACCACCUCCCUGUUAUUGGUGGUAAGGCAGAUCAUGACGAUAAUGAUAAGAUGGGCUCCGACACUAACGCCCUGCGAACGCACUAUGGAUGA